UAUCAGUGGUUGUCUCAUUGCUCUUCAAGCGGCUUUGGUAGUGUUGGAGUGAGUCUGUGCGAGUGAGUGAAGAUGGCAGAAGGCGGCAAGACAGAUGUGGAGACGCAGAAAACAGAGAUGGAGGCGCUCUUGAAAACGCCGCUGCGCAAAGCAGAGACCUGGUAUUUGGUGGACAGUAGCUGGUUCAAGAAGUGGAAGAAAUAUGUGGGUUUUGACAGCUGGGACAUGAAUGUGAAGGGCAGCCAAAUUGUGUUUCCUGGACCAGUGGACAACUCGGGUCUGUUCAGAGAUUGGCACAUGUUGGACAUUAAGGAACACCUCAUUGAUGAGCUGGACUAUUACCUGGUUCCCAAAGAGGGCUGGAAGAAGCUUGUGAGCUGGUACGGCCUGAAAGAUGGACAGGAGCCUAUAGCUCGAAAGGUGGUAGAAGUGGGCAUGUUUGUGAAACACUAUAAGGUGGAAGUAUAUCUCACUAAACUCAUGCUAUGUGAAGACAACAACAUGGACAACAUUGUCCCCAGGAGGUUCAGCAAAGCAGACACCAUAGGCCUUAUUGAACGCGAAAUGAGGAAAUUGUUCAGUGUACCAGAUGAGAAGGAAACAAGGUUGUGGGGCAAAUACAUGAACAAUACCUGGGAGCCAUUGAAAAAUUUGAACAGCACCAUUCAAGACGCUGGACUCUAUCAGGGACAGGUGUUAGCCAUUGAACCGAAGAACGAAGACAACAUGUGGCCUCGUGACUCUUCAAAAGCAAAUAAAAAGGCAGAAUCCAGAAUUUCAGUGGACAGGAAUGAGUUUGUGUGUGCAGUGUGUCUGGAUCUCCUGAAGGAUCCAGUGACAAUCCAGUGUGGACACAGUUACUGUAAGAGCUGUAUUACAGGUCACUGGGAUCAUGAGGAUCAGAAGAGAGUCUACAGCUGUCCUCAGUGCAGACAGACCUUCAGUCCAAGACCUGCUUUAGCUAGAAACACCAUGCUGGCUGAAGUGGUGGAGAAACUGAAGAAGACUGAACUUCCUGCUGACUGUUAUGCUGGAGCUGGAGAUGUGCAGUGUGACGUCUGUACUGGAAGAAAAUACAAAGCCGUCAAGUCCUGUCUGCUGUGUCUGAACUCUUACUGUCAGAAUCACCUUGAACAACAUGAGGGUUUCUUUAAAGGAAAGAAACACAAUUUGACCGAAGCCACUGGACGACUGCAGGAGAUGAUCUGCAGUGAACAUGAGAAACAGCUGGAAAUGUGCUGUAUCACUGACCAACAAUGCAUUUGUGUGCUGUGUAUGAAAUAUGAGCAUAAAACCCACAACACUGUGUCAGCAGCAGCACAGAGAACAGAAAUACAGAAACAGCUUAAGGAGACACAGCAGAUGUUCCAGCAGAAAAUCCAGCAGAGAGAGAAAGAUCUCCAGCAGCUGAGAGAGUGUGUAGAGUCUCAUAAGCGCUCUGCACAGACCGCAGUCAAGGACAGUGAGACGAUUUUCUCUGAGCUAAUCCGCUCCAUAGAGAGAAGCCACUCUGAGCUGAUACGGCUGAUCAGAGAUCAGGAAAAGACUGCAGUGAGUCGAGCUGAAGGACGACUGGAGCGACUGGAGCAGGAGAUCAAUGAUCUGAGGAGGAGAGAUGCUGAGCUGGAGCAGCUUUCACACACACAGGAUCACAUUCAGUUCCUGCAGAGUUUCCGGUCUCUCUCAUCACCUCCUGAAUCUACAGAAGUAAAUGACAAACCUUCCAGUCCUCUCUUCUCUUAUGAUGGCCUGAGAGAAUCUGUCCAUCAGCUGAGAGACAAACUGGAGGAUUUCUGCACAGAAGAGAUCAAAAAGAUCUCUGACAGAGUCAAAUUAACCAACAUUGCUCCGAAGACCAGGAACGACUUCCUACAAUAUUCCCAUCAGCUCACUCUGGAUCUGAACACAAUAAAUAAACACCUCUGUCUGUCUGAGAGGAACCGAGUGAUUGCUAACACUGACAAAGCGCAGCUGUAUCCUGAUCAUCCUGACAGAUUUGAUCAGUGGUUUCAGGUGUUGUGUAGAGAGAGAGUGUGUGGACGCUGUUACUGGGAGAUUGAGUGGAGUGGUGAUGUGUUUAUAUCAGUGUCCUAUAAGAGCAUCAGCAGGAAGGGAUUGGGCAAGGAGUGUGUGUUUGGACGUAAUGCUAAGUCCUGGAGUUUGAUCUGCACCCCCUCCAGAUAUUCAUUCAUACACAAUAACAUUGAGACUGAACUCCCUAAAGUGUCCAGUCAUAGAACAGGAGUGUAUGUGGAUCCCAGUGCAGGAACUCUGUCCUUCUACAGCGUCUCUGCCACAAUGAGCCUCAUCCACACAGUCCAGACCACAUUCACUCAACCCCUCUAUCCCGGGUUUAGGGUUGGUUCUGGGUCAUCGGUGAAAAUGUGUUGAUGGAUCCGAAGAGACUGACGGGAGAUUCUACCCAUAAUGCUUUAAGAUGCAUGAUAAAUCAGAAAUAGCUAGA